AAUCCAUAUUAUGAAUAAUUCAGAAGAUGAUAUAUAGUUACUAAAGAAAACUAUCAACGAGAAAGACUAGCAGAUAGGUGAGCUUGAAAGAAAAUUGAGAUUAGAGAUAUUUAGAAACAAAAAGCAAUAGACUGAACUAAAUGCGAAAAUUGAAAAUGAGAAAUCUAUUGUUUAAAAUAAUACUGAAUAGAUCAAUCGUUUUGAAAUACAGAUAAAUGAACUUAAAUUGAAAGUAGCUAUAAAAUUCAUAUUUUAAGUUGAGCGAAACCGAAAAAAAAAAUUUAUUGUUAAUAGAAGAAAUAGAAGCCUUAAAAAAAAGAAGAGCCUCUGGUUCAACAGAUGAAGACUUUCAACCAAGGAAGGAUUUUCAAGAAGAUUUUCCUUCUCUUUAAUAGAUUUUAACAAAAAUUCAAACAAAUCAAGGCAAUUAUUAACCUGAGGUGAUUAAAUUGUACGAAUGCUAUACCGAAGCUUGUCAAAGUAAAGAUGAAUAAAUCAAUUCUCUAAAAGAGGAGAUUAAAGAUCUUGCACAAUAACUAGAUAUAAAAGUAAGUAUAUUUGCAAUACAUUUUAGUAAUCUGAAUCAGUUAAGUAAAUAGAAAAAUUAGAAGAGAAAAUUAAAUAAUUAAAAUAGAGUCUUGAUUAAAAAGAAAAUGAAUUGAAGAAUGGUUUGCAAUAAACUAGUGAAAAUAGUGAUCAAAAGAUUUAAGAAUUAGAAAAAGAAUAUUAAAUUUAAUUAAGUGAAAAAGAUAAACAAUUGUUUGAAACUACUAGAAAAGCUAAGUUGGAUCUUUUUAAAUUAAAUAAAUAGUUAAAUGAAUAAACGACAUUGCUUAUAAGUGAAUAAGCCAAGAUUAAUUUGUCUUAACAAAAAAUAGAUCAAUAAGAAAUUUAAUUAAGAGAAUUUGAAAAUAAGGUACAUUGUUAUACAAAUAAUAAAAGAUUUCUGAGCUCGAACAAAAGAAUUUACUAUUGAUUGAAGAAAAUAAGUAAAAGUAAUAAGAAAUUGAACGAUUGAAUGAAGAAAGUUUAACUCGAGUGUAGGUUGAAGAGAAUUUAAAAGAUAAACCUUAAUAUUAAGAAUUGGUUGAUUUGAUUUAAAAAUUUUAAGCUAAUGAGAUUUCUUAUUCAUAAGAACUUAAGAACCUUGAGGAGGAGUUAUAAUUGAAGAAUACAUAUUAAUUUGGAUUGUAGGAAGAACUUAAUUAAUAUGUUGAAAAAUUAUAAUUGCAGGAUUAAAAAGUAAUUUAAUUUGUAUAUUUGUAGUAUUAAGAUAGUUUAAGAUAAAUUAAAGCUUUUGAGGAAUAAUAAGUUGUUGAUAGAUAAAAUUUUUAAGAUUUAAGACAUUAUGUAGAAUAAUUAAAAUAAGAAAAAGAAAAUUAAUAAUCUGAAUUUAUUCAUAAAAUUAAAGAAUUAAGUGAACAAAAUACAAACAUUGAUGAUGCUGUUUAUGAUGUGGAAUAAAAGUAUCUAAAAAUGAUGAUGAUUCAGGAAGAACAAUAUUAACGAAAAGAGUAAGAAAUGAUCCAUUAAAUUGAAUAAACUGAAGAAAAAUUAAGUUAAUAAGAAUAAAUGUUGAAAAAGUAGGAGUAAAAGUACAAAAAUGAAAUUAAAUAAAUAGAAGAAAAUAAUAAUUAACAGAUUUAAUAAAAAUAAAUUUAAAUAUCUUAAUUGUAAAAAUAACUUUAAGAUGAAUCAUUUAAGAUUAGAGAGGAAAGUAAUAAAUAAAUGAAUGAAAUAAAAUAAGAGAAUUAUAAAAAAGAGAAAUUAUAUGAAUAAAAAAUAUAAGAGAUUACAAAACAAUAUGAAUAGGAACUUAGUAAGAUAAGAAAGAUGGAAAUAGUAUUAAAAAAGAAAGAAAGAGAAAUUGCAGAAGAAAAAGAAGCUAAAAAAUUUACAGAAGAAUAGUUAUAAAUAUUAACAGAAAAAAGUAAUAAGAUGAUUGAAUAAUAUGAUAACAAAAUCAGAGAGAUUUAGAUAGCAAAUUAAGUAAAUAAGUAAGAUUAACAUCGACAUUCAAUAUUUGAUUAGAGAAUGUCAAUUUCAAGUUCGGAUAUAAAUAAGACAUUUGAAAUUGAAGUUUUGAAAGCACAACUAGAAUAAUUAUAAUAAAAAGGAGAUAUAGAAUUAUUAGCAGAAAUAAAUAGAUUAAAUGAGAGAGAAAGAGCAUUAAAAAAGGAAAUGGUAGAUUUAUAGAAUGAAGUCGGAAAUGAAAGACUUAAUUUUACAGUUGUGUAAAGAUAAUUAGAACAAGAAAUAGAAAGUUUGCAUUAAGAAAUAAAUCAUCUUAAAUUAGAUCAUUAAAGUGAGUUGGAUUCAAUUAAUGAUUAGAAUAAUCGAAUUUUAUUAUAACAGAAGAAUGAGUUCUAAACUAAGAUUAAUAAAAUGGAAUAAAAAUUGGAACAACAAGAGAGUUAAUUUUAAAAAAAGUAAAAUGAAAUUGAAGAGGAAAAAGAAGCCAUAAUUGACUAAUUAAAGGGUAAAAAUAGAUUCAUAUAUGAUUAGGUAAGAUAAAAGUAUUUGAAGAGUAAAUAAUAGAAUUGAAGGAUAAGAAAAUCGUUAAGAAUCCUCCACAAUAAACUAUAUAACAAAAUGAUACUUUAAUGCUCUAAUAGUAAAUAAAUUCUCUGAAUGAAAAUGAAAGAAUAUUGAGAAAGGAGAUUUUAAAUUUAUAAAAUGAAUUGGGUAAUUCAAAUUUGAGUCAUACAAUAAAAAUAAGAGAAUUGGAAACUUUAAUAGAAUAGUUUAAAUAAGAAGCUAAUCAUGCUCAGUAAGAAUAAGACUAUGCUGAGUAAUUAACAGCAAAAAUUAGUAUACAAUAUGCUGAUUUGGCUAUGGAAUAUGAAAAAGCAGUACUUUAAAAUAGAUCUUAUCGUAAAUCGAUUUCUAAACUUAAAUAAUGAACCACA